AUGGCGGAACCAAUCCCAUCGGCCUCAACCGCCGCUGCGGACGCCGCAGACGACGAAACGUCCCAGAACCUCCCCAACAAUGCCGAGGACCGCAAGGCCGCUGCGGCGCUCAAUUCUCUGAAUGCCAACGAGAUGUCCACCGAAAAUGGGGAGGGCGGCUCGAAACAACCCUCCGCGGCGGACCAAGAGGCGCUGGGAAAAGCAAUGUCGAGACUGGAGAUCGCCAGUGGCGUCGGCAAGAAGAAGGACGACACCACCAAGACUCAGGCGAAGAAGGAGGUUGAAGUGAAAAAGAAGGUCAAGAUCGCGGCCGAGGACGUGAGUCUUUUGGUCGAAGAGCUGGAUCUUUCAAAGACCAAGGCUACCGAGCUGUUACGGUCACACGACGGAAAUGCUACACUGGCAAUCAAAGCCUUUAUCAUUCCUGCUGCGCGAGCAUGA